UUACAUAAAAUCUAUUAAAAACAGGUCUAACCUAAUCUAAUUUUUAUGUAUAGUCGUUCCACAUGUUGCGUCUUGCGGAACAGCAUACGGUAAUUUGUAUAAUCGAUAAACAGUUUUACAUCGAAGUAAAAGGCUUCUAGGAAUCCUCAUAUACAUUAACUUGUACAUAAUAUUUUGUACAAAUGACUCAUGUUAAAGAAAAAAAAAGAAAAGGAUAAUAUAGCCUAUUUGUAUGCCAGUUUAGCCAAAUUUUCGAAAUCUUCAUUAAUUGUUACGUUGUAAAAAACAUAAAGAAAUUGUUUAAUGAAAAUUACUGCGUAAUAAAAGACUCUUUUUAUUUUAUAUUUAUAUGUUUUUAAAGUUUUAUUUUUGUUUAAGAAAUAUUAUUUUGCUAUUGAUGACAUUUCUCUAAUCAUAAUCUUGGUUUAACUUUACUGUAGACUUUGUAAUUGUAAGAAUUACACUGUUAAAUUCUUAGUGAACAAAUUUCGAAACAAAUGAAAGUUAAAAAUAACAAAAUGUUAUUAAACUCAGGAAACUGAUUUGAAUACGACUCUUUAAUAUUAACAGUGUAAAACAAGAUAAAGGGUGAGUUAAUUAAAAUUAAAGUUAAUUCACAUUAGUAGAAAUGGAGAUUGCAUUAUAAAAUAGUUUUUCCAAGAAACUCCCAAGUCAGUUUAAAUAAAAUCCAGCGAUUUUCCUCUCUAUUUCCUGUUACGGAUUAAUCGCUAUUUCCUGCUCUCCAUGGGGCAUUGCAAUUUCUACAGGCAGGCAUAUAAAGACGUUUAUACCGGCCGGGGUCUCACCGUGUGAACUUUGACGCCGCGUUACGCGUUGUAAUGUCGCACCUAAUCGCGGCCUAAUCGCGGAAUUUCACAAGGCGUCGCGUCGCGGCGAUACUCGUGGCUUACGCCUUGUGAAAAAUCUCGCUUUCACUUAAAGGAUCGAUUCGCGUUCCGAGGCACGAAGGUUAAAAGUCUCCGGGCUGAAAUUCAGCGAGCGAUAGACACUUUCUCCGCUCGCUCUCCGGCGCGGCGCCGGCGUCGCCGCCCCUUUUUUUCACGAGGCGAGAUUCGCGAGAGAUUGAUCGUCGAAAGGUACGCGUGGACGUGCGCUUCUGUGGGCUCACCGGAAGCGACGUGCUCCUCUGGCGCGGCGAACAUCGCAGAACUCCGGAGCCGGCCAUGGUCCUCGGUUUCGAGGUGUCGGGCACGAUCCUGGAAAUGGGCAGACUGGCACACGAGCGGACAGGCUACCAGACGGGCGAGGAAGUCGUCGUGCACAACUAUCCCGUCUGCGGCGGGUUGGCCGAGAGCUGCCUGGCUCAUUACAGAGUACGGCGUUUUUCAUCCCGAAGUGAGGAAAGCCGUAUCUUAAUUCGGAGAGAUCCGUAAUUUGCAAAUACCACCACGCCCCGACUUUCUUCAUCGCCGAGCGCGCCGCGCAUUCCGCCGGGCCUCGGGCUCGGGUCCCGCUGAGAUAAUAAUCGACCCGGGUAAACGUUAGGAUGUGUUUAGAUUAAUGAGCCGGGUGUCACUGAAAAACGCGGCGGCCGUCACGGACGAUUAUUUCACGGCGUUGCUGGCGAUCGGCCGUCGGGCUUGCGUCCAGAGAAACGAGUGCCUCCUCGUUAACGCGAGACACUCGCGUUCCGCUCUCGCCGCCAUCGAUCUCGCCACUCGAGUCUUCGGAGCCAAGGUGGUAGCUGUAUGCGACGAUGCAAGGCGGGCCGAAUUGUGCGCGGAUCACGGCGCGACGGUGGUACGCGGAAACGGACGUUGCUUGCCGUACAAGUUGAAGAAGAUUGGCGAGAGGGAAGAAGUGCGCGUGAUGAUCGAGACCGAGGGCGGAUCGUGCUUUCGGGACACCGUCAAAUGCUUGGCACAUGAUGGUCUGAUCGCUCUCCUCGGUGAGGCGCGAAACAAACGAUGCCUCGAUCUUUCCCACGUCCCAACGAACCGCACGGUGUUUGCAGUCGCUGCGGAGCAUUACAAAGUCGCCGACACAUUGGUAUACAGAGAGACCAUGGAGCAUGUAUUGGACUACAAGUCUGAUUGCGCGAUUCGUCCUCGGAUCUCGGCGAUUUUUGGUUUGCAUCGCGUCAGCGAUGCGUUCAAUUAUUACGCAACGGUGCCGAGCGGGAAAGUGUUGAUCGACAUGAAAGAUCAUGAUCGGUUGACUCUGUACGACGAGGCUUAGUUAUAUUAAAUUCGGUUAAUCUAAUUCUAUAACUCGGCAGAUUUCAUUGUUUCCUUUAUACUGCCCGCGAUAUUUCCCAAGAUGGCGUUAGCGUACGGUGCGCUUCCUGACUUGCGUUUUUAUCUUAUCGAUAAGAAUGUUUCCGAAGAGCCAGUGACGAAUUUGUAUCUGAUUGAGCAACAGCAUAAUAAAUGUUUGCAUUCCUAUAUUUGAAAUUAUUGUUUUUCAUCUUCAUACUUAAUAAAGCGUACUUUUUCAAAACUCUCUUCAAAACACUUUUCCAUUUGGUUUCCUUAUAUCAACUAUUAAAUGAUAUUACAUUGAUUAUCCUAAUUAACAUAACCAUGCUGUUGUGAUCAAAUUUCAGCGUAUGACAGUGGGUUAUCUGUUACGAUCGCCUAGCUCGCAUAAAUGUUUUACAAACCGAAAUAAAGCAUCCUGCAGAAACAAAGAAAAAUAUUAAAAAGCUCAAAAAUUCCGACGCGAAGAAAGACAUUUGUACCGUUUUAUUCUAACAUGUUCACAGACUUGCUGCAUAAAUUACAAAUAAAACAUCUGAACAAAUUUUUUACAAUAAAAAUUAAAUGGUACUCGAGCUUCCAAGGCAACGCGAAAACGUGAUAAUAAAGAAUUUGGUUAUGCGAAUGAACAAUCUCGAUCGCUACCGUAAGGGUAUCGCAGAGGUAGAUUGUGACGGAGGAGAUUAUUAGAUUUUAAAUUUCGUACCAAUUCGCAGCGCCACCACACCAUUCUAUCGUGGACGUAGAAACUACGUAGCCACAUCUACUUUUCUAUAGAAGAUCAAACGUUCAAACCAAAACAUUAGGAAUAACAAAAAUUUUAAAGGUUUCACAACUGAUUAUUCUUAAAUUUAAUCGUCUGAUUUGUCUAAGCAAAUCGGAGUUCGUUAAGAGACUAUAAACUCGAACGUAUCAGACAGCGAAGAAUAGAAAAAGACAGAAAGCAGUUACCGCGUUUGUUUCUCUCUCCGAGUCAAGCAAUUGGCGCAUCCCUCUUUUACCUAUCGACCGUUUUCCGUCUCUUUCUACGCGAGCCUCUCUAGUCUCCACGCUUUACUCCCGCUCUACUUUCUCCACGGGUGCGUCGGUACGUGUACGUCGCGAGAGACUCGUCGCGGCGCCGCGAGAUGGCGGCACGCCGCGCGAAAGUUGCGCACGUCGGGCACCGACGACGAUGCACCUCCUCGCGGCCGGCGCAGCCGAGAAGCGAGCGGCCCAGCGCGUGUCCGCUCCGGUUUUCCUCGGUUUGCGCGUCGCGUUGUCACGGUAGUGAAGCUAACCCCCUCCUCGUCUCGGGCGUGUGCCGGCGGUGUCGCGAGCGCGUUAUCCUCGUGCACGGGCGUCUUCGCGCGCGCGCGCGCGCGCGCCACGCGAGUAUCCGAGUUUGUCGCGGUGGUCGAGAAAUCGUCGCGAGGUUGGCGAGGUUGACGCACGCCGUCGCUCUUCCUCUCUCGCGAUCGUCGACGGUAGCAAGUGAAAGAGAGAGAGAGAGAGAGAGAAGAACGUGCGAGGGGGGUGGGAAAGAGCGAGACGGAGCGCGUCCGUCUCUGCAUCGCGCGCCCAUCGGCGAUCGUAUCGUAUCGCGUCACGUCACGUCGCGUCGUCCGUCGUUCGCCCGUCAUCGUUUCUUCCUCCUCUCGCGACCCGUCGUGUCCACCUGGGACAUUUUCUCCUCCCGUGACCCGUCAGCGGCCGCGGCCCGAACCGCGACUCGCUCACACGCGCUCGCUUGUCGCUCUCGCAAACGCUGCUCUCGCUCGUCGAUACGCACACGUCGCGCGUCGUCGCGUCCGCCAUAUCUCGCGAUAUAUCACGAACGACGGCGGGGACGGCGGCGGCGGUGGUGGUGCAUGCAACCUGUUGUUUUCUCCGCGGCCGCGCUCCUCUCACCGCCUGACACACGCAGCCGUGCUGAGCGGUGCGACCUAGCGACGUGCUGGCGGCCGACCUAACCUCGCACCCGCCGACCUGGGAAACGCGCCGGCUCGUCGACGCUGGGAGCUGACGGCAGUAUGAACGGGUAAGCGCUGCCGGCCCCCUUUGACAUCGUUUUCUCUGGCACACAAAGCUUUUAGUAAGUUAAUUAAACUUUCCACAACUAAAGGCGCGCGGCUGCCUUUCAGCUGCGCGGCUUUAAUUUCGUUGACGUAAUUAAAAAUAUGUAUAAAACGCGCGCCCGAUAAUGAACGUUAAAGCGAUUGUACGAUACGCGGUUUAAUUUUAGGCGAAGAUCAAAGUGAAAUUAUAAGGCGAUAUAAUUUACCGAGAAUUGCGAAAACAUUUGACGUUCUGCCGCAUUUUAUGACGAUCUCUCGCAGCUGAGAUUUUGAAGACUGCACAUUUCCCGAUUGCAGAAAUUUUUAUGACAGCGGAGAUUAUUUGCGGUUCGACGUACGACGAGCCGCAUUCCGUCGACUGUGCUUAGUUAAACAAGGAUUACUGUAUUUUCUACCAUUUAACAUCUACGAUAAAUCUACAUAUUGCAUAUUGCAAUUUUGAUGAAACUAUAGCAAAUAGUUGGAGUUAACUAAAUUUUUUUGUUUUAUUUUUGUUUCAUUUUGUUUCACCGCGCUUCGUAUUUUAUAACAUUUCAUUUUCUAUAUUUGACGAUAGGUAUUUUAAACACGAAAGUGCAAUUUAAAUGAAAUGACAUUUGGAAAUGUAAACGUAGAUAGAAAACAGUACUAGUGCGCGCCGUGAAGUUUAUUAAAAAUCGCUGAAAUAAAUCUGGGACGAGUGCGCUCGAAAGAUACAGCUUCUAAUUUGAAAUCUGCAAA